AUGGAGCAGGGCAAAUAUACCGACUCUCCGGAAUGGUCAGACAUCCAACCAAUCCCUCUCGACGACGGCUCGCGCGAAGAAGAAAAUUAUGGGGGCAGCAGUAACCCUCUGGCAGUCAUUGCCUACAAGCCAGAAUACCUAGAAGCCACUUCUUAUCUGCGUGCUGUCAUGGCAGCUAAUGAGAUGUCUGAACGUGUUUUGAGAUUGACCGAAGACGUGAUUUCAAUGAAUCCGGCACAUUAUACUGUUUGGCUUUAUCGAGCAAAGAUUUUGUUUACGCUUGAAAAAGAUUUGACUAAAGAGCUUGCGUGGCUGAAUAAAAUAUCCCUCAAGUAUCUCAAGAAUUAUCAGAUAUGGCAUCAUCGCCAGCAACUCAUGUCAUCAAGAGAACAUUUCCCGGCCCUUCCAUCCGACGAACUGGAUUUCUUGAUGGACAUGUUUGCAGCUGAUUCCAAAAACUACCAUGUCUGGUCAUAUCGACAAUGGCUUGUGCGGCAUUUUGAUCUCUGGGAUGAGCCACGAGAGAUCAGUGACGUGAACACGCUUUUGAAUGAAGACGUCCGCAACAAUUCUGUCUGGAACCAUCGGUAUCUGCUCCGUUUCGCGCCUCGACAGGGGCCCGAAGCGGCGAUGGCCACGGGCAGCUACACGUUGGGAGGAGAUGAAAAGGGCCGUCUAGAUGUCGUUGACGAAGAUGUUGUUGAUGCAGAACUUGGGUAUGCUCAAUCAAAAAUUGUGCUUGCGCCCGAGAAUCGUAGUCCCUGGCUCUAUGCGCGGGGUGUGUUGCGCGCUGCAGGUCGACCGCUUUCAGAAUGGAAAGGGUUUGCGAGUCGGUUUAUCACGGAAGAAAUUGUUGGUGAUGCCGGAAAUGAUACAAUCAUACACGUUAAAAGCAGUAUAGCUCUUGAGUGGCUAGCCGAUGUCUCCGGUGAAGAAGCUACACAUCAAGAGCUGGAAGAAGACGCCAGGAAAGAGAAAGUGGCCGAGGCAGUGAAGAUGUUAAAGUUGUUGAAGGAUAAGUACGAUCCUAUUCGGAAGAAUUAUUGGGACUAUAAGAUCCAUCAGCUUUCUGUUGCAGUUGCUGUUUGA